AUGACGCUUCCUGAUGCAGACACCGAGGUCAAAGCUUCGAGCGAAGCCGCCGAGAAUUUCAUCAGCCAUUUCUACCAAGCACUCAACAACCUCUCCAAGCUGGACAACUUCUACGUCAACUCUUCCGCAAAGUAUUCCAUUCCCGCCGACAUCUCCAUCAACGGACAGGUUGUCCCCACCGCCACCGAAUACUUGAAGCUGCUUGAGGGACAGGGCCGAGACGUUCGCUACGAAGUCGAGUCCCUGGACGCCCAUGUUGUCAACCCAUCAUCAGGAUUCGGCGCGCCGGAGACGCUUCACGACAAUACGAGAGUCGAAAGGAACGGAGGACGCAUGUCCGUCGUGGUAACGACCAUGGGCCGGGUCCAGUUUGGCAAGGGACGAGAGGCGCCGCAGAGGAUGUUCAACGAGACCUUUGUCCUCGUCCCCAACUGGGAUGCCCUGGCGAGGAAUCCUCCGCGAGGACUGAAGAGGUGGCUCAUCCUGUCGCAAAACUUCCGAGCGUUAUGA